AUGUUCGCAAAGAGCCAGACUACACUGGCUGCGGCUGCUACGGUCUUGCUGUUCGCCUCUGUCAACGCGCAGCAUGUCCCGCGCACGACAACGUUCCAGAGACGACAGGCCUCUGCCUCGUCUACCGCGGCGCCACAGGUCACCGCUGUUACCGGAUGUCACAUGCAUGGCACAACACAGUUCUGCAUUGCUGGUGUAUCAGAGUAUCAAGUGAAGACGUCUGGCAGCAACUUGCCAAGCUCUUACACAGCCUGUCAUUACCAUGGCUCCGCAAUGUACUGCCUUGCACCAAGUGGUGACGAUGUUGAACUAAUCCCGGAGGGUGGUGGUGCGAAUGCCGCAUCAACUACCGCAGCAACUCCGGCUUCCUUUCCCUCCGAGAUCACGAGCUGCCACCUGCAUGGGAGCAAUGUAUACUGCAUGGCUGGCACUGCCGAGUAUCAGGUCGUCACUACCCCGACCGCAACGACUGACGUGCCGGCUGCGUUCACAGGCUGCCAUUCGCAUGGCUCUGACAACUUUUGUGUUAACUCAAAGGGCGAAGAUGUCCAGGUUUUGGCGCCCGGCCAGGCCGCCGCCGCAACCCCAUCAUCAUCGUCUGGUGAGCCUCAGGGGAAGCAUUGCCACUUCCACGCCGGUGUUGAGCAUUGUGUCGGUCCUGGCGAGAGCGAGGGCGGCGGCAGCGGCACCAAGAACUGCGCCAGAGUUGAGCGAGACUAUGACAUUCCUCUGCGCAUUGGUCUCUUGUUCGUGGUCCUCGUCACCAGCGCAAUCGGUGUUUUCACUCCGAUCUUUUUGACGAAGUGGUCCAUGUCUGGCCCGUUGAAGUGGAUCCUGAUGAUCCUCAAGCAGUUUGGCACGGGUGUCAUCAUUGCCACUGCGUUUGUUCAUGUUCGUGUUUCUCAUCUACUCUUUACCCACGCCGACCUCAUGUUCAGCAACAAGUGCCUCGGCCAGCUCCAGUUCGAGGGAACCACGGCUGCCAUAUUUACGGCAGGUCUAUUCUUAUCCUUCCUUAUUGAGUUCUGCAGCCACAAAUUUGCACAUGCCACCAUGUCGAAGAAGGCCAUCGAGGGGGAUGCCACUACUGCCGAACUCCACAGGCAAAACAGAAAAGAGAUUGUCAGCAUCUUUGUCCUCGAGGCUGGUAUCAUCUUCCACUCGAUAAUUAUCGGUGUCACUCUUGUCGUCUCUGGAGACUCGUUCUUCAAGAUCCUCUUCGCUGUUAUCGUCUUCCACCAGAUGUUUGAGGGUAUAGCUCUGGGUAGCCGCAUCGCAAGUGCCGGAAACCUGCCUCCCAACGUCGAGCAUAUGGCCGGCGAGUGUCCCAUCCCGUCGCUAUCUCUCUACAAGAAGUGCCUCAUGGCUCUCGCCUUUGCGCUUGUGACCCCGGUUGGCAUGGCGAUUGGCAUCGGCGUCCUGCAGCACUUUAACGGAAAUGAUCCCUCUACCAUCAUCGCCAUCGGCACUCUCGACGCCGUUUCCGCCGGUAUCCUCGCCUGGGUGGGCAUCGUCGAGAUGUGGGCCGGCGACUGGAUGUUUGGCGGCGAGAUGGACCGUGCCGAGCCUCUCACGGCUACGAUUGGCGGUAUCGGUCUCGUUGCUGGUAUCGCUCUGAUGAGCUUCAUUGGCAAAUGGGCCUAG